AUGGAUUUUGAUUUUUUUGCGGAUUUCGAAGACACCGAAAAGACCAUAUUAUUAUUUGUUCCUCCCCACGUUCACGCCAACACCCGCCAAUCCUCGGUCGACCCUUUUCGUUCUGUCCUUUCGUGUAUAUCAAGCAAGCGCAACUUCGUCACAAUGGCAAAGGACAAGUCCGAGAAGAAGGACAAGCGCGAGAAGAAGGAGAAGCGCUCAGAGAAGGACGGCGUCCACAAGAGCAAGAAGGACAAGAAGGAAAAGAAGGACAAGACUGUUCUCGUUGAGGCAGUAGAGCAAGAGCUUACUAGCAAGGUUCUAGAUGGGAUCGAUAAAGCUGUUGCUGCCGAGACUGCCGUCAAUGGAACUGCUGAGGCUGAGAUGGAGGUUGACAGCCGCCCCGUUGGCGCACUUGUGCCAUUUGCCAACCCUCUGGUUGAGGACAAGCAGGCCAAGAAGGUUCUCAAGAGUGUGAAGAAGGGUGAGUAUUCCGAAAAUCAUUUGGACAAUCUGUAUAUCAAGAGCUCUAUUUCUCAGAGCGAAAAGACAUCGACUGGGUUAAUCGUGUACUGUGUUGCUAAUAACCUUCUAGCUGCCGUAAACAAGUGCCUGAAACGCGGUGUCAAGGAAGUCGUCAAGGCUCUUCGCAAAUCGCCCACUCCCGCCGCCAAUGCUGCUAUCUCCACUCCCACUGGCAUCGUCAUCCUUGCCGCUGACAUUUCACCUAUGGACGUCAUCUCACAUAUCCCCGUUCUCUGCGAAGACCACGGUAUCCCGUAUGUUUUUGUCACAUCGCGAGCCGAGCUGGGUAACUCGGCUGCUACCAAGCGCCCGACCAGUGUCGUCAUGGUUGUGCCCAAGUCAGCCUCCAAGGGCAAGAAGAAGGACGGCGAGUCGGAAGCCGAUGGAGAGGAUUUCAGCGAAGUCUAUGAAGAGUUGGUGAAGCUCGUCCAGAAAGAGUCCAAGAAGGUGAACCUGUAA